AUGGUGCUAUAUGAGAGUAAAGAACAUGAAGUUGAUAACCCAAACGACUUCAAGGACUUUGAAAGUAAGGGCCUUGAAGUGGAAAAGCCGAAUGACUUCAAAGACAGUGAGAGUGAUGACGGAAUAGUUUUAUUGGAUGAUCCAAACCUAUUUCCAGAUGGAGGUUUGCGAGCUUAUACAGUAGUAGUCGGAGCUUUCAUCGGAUUUAUUGGGACCCUUGGUUUUGUGAACUCGUUGGGGGUGCUUCAAACAUACAUCACGACCAAUAUCCUUACGAGCACUUCGGAGUCAAAGAUUGGGUGGAUUUUUUCAAUCUACGGGUUUCUUUCUUUUGGGAUGACAUUGAUUCUGGGUCCCGUUUUUGACAGAUUGGGUUGCAAAAUCCCAUUGUUGGUAGGUUUAAUAAUGCAAACUACUGGAUUCAUGUGUAUGUCUUUAAGCACUGAACUUUAUCAGUUUAUCCUCAGUUUCAGUAUCUUAGGCGGUUUAGGUACCUCAUUUACGUUUGCUCCGCUCUUAGGGUGUAUUAGUCAUUGGUUCUAUAGAAAUAGAGCUCAAGUUGUUGGACUUGCAUACGUAGGAGGUGCAAUAGGUGGAAUCAUCUUUCCCUUAUUGUUUAGAAGUUUACUUCCAAAGGUUGGCUUCGGCUGGACGAUAAGAAUUGGUGCGUUCAUGGUCUUUGGAUUCUUGAUGACUGGAUUCCUUUUAGUUGCUGAUAGAAAAGCAAUUAUACAAAAGUCGCAUGUGAAGAAUGGCGAAGACAAAGAGUCUAUUCAGAAAGAUAAUAUUACUACAGAAAUCUUAAAAUCUAUUGACUUUAGAGUGUUUAAGGACCCCAUUUAUUCGGGAUUAGUAUUGGCACUUCUUUUCAAUGGGUUCGCCUUUUUGAUUACAUUGACUUACAUGCCUUCCUAUGCGGUUGCCAAUGGGGCAAACCAAAAUUCUUCUUAUCUAUUGUUGGUGGUUUUUAAUUCCAUGUCAAUUCCAGGAAGGAUAAUUCCAGGAAUAUUUGCCGACAGGUACGGUAGAUUUAACACAUUAUGCAUUAUUGCCACAACCUCUACUAUUGCAUUUUGUAUAAUCUGGUUACCACCUCCUAUUGGUCAUAAGACAGUGUCGAUCUACAUUUUCGCAGGUGUCUAUGGAUUUACUAGUGGCUCCGUGCUAUCCUUGACCCCUGCAUGCAUAGGUCAGAUCUGUAAGACAAAGGAUUUUGGAAAAAGAGCUGGUACUGCUUUCUUCAUAUUAAGUUUUGGCGACUUGUUUGGGGUUCCCAUUGGAGGUGCCAUAAUUGGAAAGAAUGAACUGGUGCUGGGUUUUGAUCAUUUGGUGAUCUUUAUCUCAGUAUUGUCGUUUUUAGGUGCAGUGUCAGCAUAUGUGUCGAGAUACUUGUACAGAGGAUUCAAAUUGGUUAAAGUUUAA